UGCGCGUGUAACGCAGGAGCAUAAAUCAGCCCCAGCGGGUCCGCAGCAUCAUGGAGGGGGUGACGGUGGGCCAGGUGUUCGACGCCGAGUGCAUCCUCAGCAAGAGGUCCAGGAAGGGGAAGCUGGAGUACCUGGUCAAGUGGAGAGGCUGGUCGUCCAAGCACAACAGCUGGGAACCGGAGGAGAACAUCCUGGACCCGCGGCUGCUGGCAGCGUUUCACAAGAGGGAACAAGAGCGAGAGCUUCUGUUUCAGAAGAAAGGGAAGAGGCCACGAGGACGACCCCGGAAGAUUCUGCCCCCACCAGCCGCCACCAAGGACAGCAGCUCCUCGUCCUCCUCGUCCUCCGGCCUCUCCGAGCUGCCCUCCUCUUCGUCCUCCGAGGAUGAAGAGCAGACACGGAAGAGCAAGCCGGGUCCUCGGGUCCACCCGGUCCCCCAGAAGAGACCCCAGAUCAUGCUGGCCAAGCCGGACCCGUCCCGCAAGAAGCGCGGGAGGAAGCCGCUGCACCCGGACCUGAAGGCGCUCCGCCAGGCCAAGCUCCGCGCCCCCCCGCCUCCCCCGCGCCACCACCAGCCGCUCCGCCUGCCCGGCGAGGAGCCGCGGCCCGGCGUGAAGAAGCCGCUGCAGCCGGCCAGCUUCACCUACACGGGCCUGAGCAGGAGCUCCCGAGAGGAGGCGGCCUCCACCUCCCCCUCCACCUCCACCUCCCAGACCUCCGGCAGCUCCUUCUCCCCGGCCAACUCCUCCAAACCGCUGGGCUGCAUCUGGACCGGCCGCUCCGUGUCCAGCUCCUCGUCCUCCAAAGCGCUGCUGUCGCAGAAGAGCUCGGAGCUGCGGCGCUCCGUCUCCGAGGCGGCCGGCGGCUUCAAGACCCUGAAACCCGCCGGCGGCUCGUCGGCGGCGCUGGGAGCCCACCGGAGCUUCGGCGGGGGCCAGGCGGCGCUGCAGCGCUCGCCGCUGGGGCACCGGAGGCCGGACGGGGCGGGGAUCAAGGCCGGGCUGCUCCAGCGCAAGCAGCAGAACUCCAGUCACUGCAAACCGCCGUCCUCGCCCCGAGACCGGGCCGGCCCGGGCCUGAGCCUGCGAGGGCUCAACCCGCAGGGCGUUGGCAAGCCGCCCGCCGCCGGCGGACUGCAGGGGCCGGCCGGCUUCAGGGGCGGCGCCGUCCUCAAAGGCGCGCUGGGCGGUGCCAAAGACACUCGUCUGCCCGCCGGGGGGCAGCUCUCCGCUCGGGCGGCGGACGGCGCCGCCGAGCAGGGCUGGGGGAGGGGCCUUCCGGCGGAGGAGCGGAAACACGGGCUCGGCGCUCAGAACCGCAGCCUGAACGAGCUCAGCACCGGCGACUCGGACGAGACGAGCAGCAGCGAGUCGGAACGCGACGCCUCGCUGUUCCCCGACGACCACGACGGCCGGCUGGGUCUGGGCGCCGGCGGCGCCGGCGGGUUGGACACAGAAACGGACUGGCGGCCCACGCGGGGCCUCCUGGAGCACGUCUUCGUCACGGACGUCACUGCCAACUUCAUCACGGUGACGGUGAAGGAGUCGCUGACCAGCGUGGGAUUCUUCAGCUCCCGGAACCACUGAAGGAGCCGGUCGGACCCACGACCCAAC